AGUGGGAAGAUGAACGGGGUGGUUGCAUCUGAAUCAAAAAAAUGAUUGAAGAAACCUGUAACCCUUGGCGGAACUCUUAACAGACCAGCCAUAAAAGACAUUUUGGGGACAAUUAAGGAAAUUCGAACGUGGACUAGGUAUUAGAUGGCAUUAAUUUUAUUAGGUAUGAUAAAUGUGGCUUUGUAGGAUACCGCUUUUUAGAGAUGCAUGUUGAAGUAUUAGGGAUGAAAUGUGGUAGUUUGUUGUAGUUUGCCUAGUUUACUUCAGAAUACUUUGGCCUCAAGAAAUGAGGAAGCAGAAGUAGUAUGAAGGGGCAGAUCCGGGCUAUGGGUCAGGCAGGCACCUGUGCCAACCGCACUUAGGACAGAAUGCAAGCGCAUUACAGAGGCCCCUUGAGACCACACUUACCAUCUGAAGUCUGUUCUGCUCCGCCCACUUUUUAUUGCUUGGCUACACUUGCCACCCUGCAGGUGGUGAUGGUGCUUCUGUGUAUGUGUUACAUCUGACUGUGCCUGGAUGUUUAGGGGCCACCACCGGGUCCCCAGGGCCUGCGUUUUUCACGCACCUGCGCGCCCUGCGCACAGGUGCAGGCACCUAGGCCUCUGGACCUUGCCGCUGUUUCCUGCUGGGAGUGCCUACCCUGUCUGGGACUAGUCGGGUGACUCCCCCCCCCCCCACUACUCCCCCCCCCACCCCACCCCACCCCAUGGAGACAGCUGCAACCCGGGACCUCAGACCUGACCCCAAUCCCGGCGGCUCCGAGCAGCAGGAAGCCAGGUUCCUCCACCACCUCCCGGACAGGUGACUGCCCCCAAAGCCUUUUCCACACCUGGGGCCCCCAGCCCAUCCUAGCCAAGCACUGCCGCCUGCUCAAGAAACUACACUUCCCAGCAGGCGCCAGAGCAGCGACCUCAGCUCCCAGCAUGCUCUUAGGCGCGGCUGGGCCCCCGCGUUAACCCUUCAGUGGCUGCAGGCUGACGGGGAGCUGCGUGGGGAGCAGGCCCAGCCACCCAUUGCCCAGAAUGCCUGAGGGCCCCGAGCUACAUCUGGCCAGUCUCUAUGUGAACGAGGCGUGCAAGGGACUGGUGUUUGCCGGGUGUGUGGAGAAGUCACCCGUCAGCCGCAACCCCGAGGUGCCGUUUGAGAGCAGCGCAUACUGCAUCUCCUCCUCGGCCCGUGGCAAGGAGCUGCGCCUGACUCUGAGCCCCCUGCCUGGGUCCCAGCCCCCACAGGAGCCACUGGCCCUGGUCUUCCGCUUUGGCAUGUCUGGCUCCUUCCAGCUGGCGCCCCGGGACGCACUGCCAGCCCAUGCCCACCUGCGCUUUUACACAGCUCCCCCUGGUCCCCCACUCGCCCUCUGCUUCGUGGACAUCCGCCGCUUCGGCCAUUGGGACCUCGGGGGCGAGUGGCAGCCCGGCCGCGGGCCUUGUGUCUUGCUGGAGUACGAGCAGUUCAGGGAGAACGUGUUACGAAACCUAGCGGACAAGGUCUUUGACCAGCCCAUCUGCGAGGCCCUCUUGGACCAGAGGUUCUUCAAUGGCAUUGGCAACUAUCUGCGGGCAGAGAUCCUGUACCGGCUGAGGAUACCCCCUUUUGAGAAGGCCCGUAAGAUUCUAGAGGAGCUGCAGCAGCGCAGGCCGAGCCCGGAGCUGACCCUGAGCCAGAAGAUCAGGGCUAAGCUGCAGAACCCAGACCUGCUGGAACUGUGUCACUCCGUGCCCAAGGAAGUGGUCCAGCUGGGGGGCAAAGGAUAUGGGCCAGAGCAUGGGGAGGAGGACUUCGCUGCCUUCCGAGCAUGGCUGCAGUGCUAUGGCGUGCCUGGCAUGAGCUCCCUGCGGGACCGGCGUGGCCGGACCAUCUGGUUCCAGGGGGAUCCUGGACCCCUGGCCCCGAAAGGAGGCAAGUCCCGCAAGAAGAAAUCCAAAGGAGCACAGCAGGGGCCUGAGCACAGACUGGAGAGCCCCCUGGGGACUAUCUCCUCUACUCAGGACCCUCUCGUUCCAAGCACAGCCCCUUCCAGGACACGUGGGACACCCAGAGACCCUCCUGGUCAAAGUACAGCCCAGCAGCCAGAGGGGACCAGCCUCCAGCAGGACCCAGGGGUCCCGCCAGUCCCUGGGAAGGGAAAAAGGAGGAGGAGACCAGCAACCUCAGGCCACCGCAGACCCCGAAGGAUCAAAGCUGACACCCCAUCCUUGGAUAAUGAGGGGACGGCAGCCUCUUAGCAGGAGGGCCUCCUUGCUCUGCCAAGCCCUGCGGGGCCUGGGCUGCUGGGGGCCAGGUGCCCCGGUUCUGUGGCUAUUCCCUACACAACUAUGAUGUUUUUAAUUGCACCCCAUUCCUCAUUUUUUAAACCCACAUGAAAAAUGCUAUCAUUUUUAAUAAACAAAUACACUUGAA